GUACACAAGCUACAUAUAAACAACUCCACUUCUUUGGGGGUUCUCUUUCUUUUCAAACCCAUCACCGUCCACUGCUUAGGACUCGGGCAAGAAAAUGGCGCGAUUAUCCAAGUUUCCCGCCAAAGCUGCCGCAUUAAAUUCCUUCUAUCUCCUCACCGGCGCCGGUGCAGCCACCAUUCUCACCGCCCAUUUGCUAAACCCUAAUUAUCUCACAACUUCACCUGUCGUGACGCCCUCUGAUCUGAAAGCUGUGCUGAACGGUGUCGUUCGCUCGUCUCGCGCCGUCCGCACUAUUGCUUCGAGUGUGGUGGAUUAUAAGUAUUCGUUACACGGCUUGUCUGUCGAUUCGGAUGAGUAUAGUCGAGUAUUAUCUGAGGUUCAUCUACGCUCAGCUAAGAGAGUGCGGAAUUUGUGUGAGGCUAAUAAAGGCUUCUAUGUUAAAGCAGCUCAGUUUGCUGCAGCAAUGCGGAAAAUUCCUAAAGAAUACUCAUUGGCACUUUCACCACUACAAGAUAAGGCAGUUCCUUAUCUCUUUGAUGAAAUUAAAGACGUGCUCAUCAGCAAUCUGGGACCAAAUUUAUCAGAUAUAUUUUUGUCUCUGGAUGAACAACCAAUUGCUGCUGCAUCAAUUGCUCAAGUACAUCGUGCUGUACUGAAGAACAAGCAGGAAGUAGCAGUUAAGGUACAGUAUCCCAGGUUAGAGCAGCAGAUGAGAUUUGACCUGGCAACAAUGUCAUUCCUCUCAAAGUCUGUUUCAUUGCUCUUUCCCGAAUAUAGAUUUCAGUGGAUGAUAUCAGAAUUUACAAAGAAUAUUGCUAUGGAGCUAGAUUUCAAUCAAGAGGCAAAGAAUUCUGAGAGAACUGCAAGGAACUUUAAAUACAAUAACUUGGUCAAAGUUCCAUAUGUCUACUGGGAUUUCACGACAAACCAGGUGUUGACGAUGCAAUUCUGUAGUGGUGGGAAGGUGGAUGACUUGGAUCAGUUGAAGAAAAUGGAUAUUAGUCCAACCAUGGUGGCAAAAGCUUUGGCGGAGGUAUUUGCUGAAAUGAUUUUUGUUCAUGGAUUUCUUCAUGGAGAUCCACACCCCGGUAAUAUAUUAGUUUCUCCGGAAGGACGGAAUGGGUUUUCUUUAGUGCUUCUAGAUCAUGGUGUCUAUAAAGAAUUUGAUGAAAAGUUCCGACAAAGCUACUGUCAACUCUGGAAAGCUUUGAUUUAUCUGGAUUCAAACAAAAUACUGCAAUUUGGCGAACAGUAUGGUGUUGGAAAGUACGCAAGAUACUUUCCCCUCAUAUUUACUGGAAGAACGAUUGACAGUAAAUCAGCUCUUGGGGAAGCAAUGUCGGUUGAUGAGAAGAAGAAUCUCAGACAGGAACUGAAAUCAUUAAAAGUGGAUGAUUUUUCUUCUUUCAUGGAAUCUGUACCCUCUGAGUUUCUAACUUUGUUGCGUACCGAUGAGCUUCUCAAGUCCUUGGUUAGCAAGUUGGGCUCUUCGCAACAAAUCCGCCUACUUUCUUAUGCUAAAUAUGCAUUACGUGGUCUCUCUCCAAAGUUGAAUCCUGAAAAUGUUUCUCUUGUUAAAGUUAUGCUGUCAAGAAUUCAGAUGAGCAUCCCUUAUAUCCAGUUGCGGUUCGUUCUGGUGAUACUGGAGUUGCUUUCAUUGAUAAAAGCUAUGAAGUUAUCUGUUAGAAAAAACUUUAGAGGAAUGGUCAUUUCUGUAAAUUAUUUACUGGUUAAUUUCCUCCGCCAGAUUUAUGUAUUCGGUACUUGACAUGGAAUUUUUAGCAUUGCCCAUUCUAUUAUAAACUAAUUUAUGGGAAAUAUUAGGUACCCCAAAUUAUCUUUCCAAAAGUAUUCCUAAACAGGCCAUGUGUCAAUUUGAAAGGAUUAUAUUGGUGAGAUUAAUGUAAUUAUGUCUAUUUAAUA